AUGUCUGGGGAUAAAAACCGGGCAGAAGAUGCCACAGCCCUCAAACGGGUAGUCCUGUUUGGUGUAGUCUUCUCCACCUUGACUACAGCCUUCUUCGUCUUGUACAUUCCUAUGGUAUACAACCGUCUACAGCACCUACAGUCCUCAAUGUCAGCCGAACUCGAGUUCUGUAAACUGAGAUCAGAGAAUAUUCACAAGGAAGUCGCUAGAACACAGGUAACAACUGAAUUUAAUUUUGAAUUUUUAUUUUUUAAAAAGGUACUGUAAUUUAAAGUAUGGUUUAAAAAUAAUUAAGGUUAGUUUACGAUAACAUAUGCAAAAUUUACAAAAAUAUUUUUUAGGCAUUCUCAUCCGCCUUCCCGAGACAACAGAACGGCCACCACCGUACUUACCGUUACGCCGAAGAAGAUUCGUACGGUGCCAAAGGUAGUCCCCCAGCUGCUCCACCAGUUUCUCACGACACCACCUCUGCCCAAGCCGCUCCAGAAGCCAAUGGAGUGUGCUGUGGAUGUGGCCAAUCACCAAAAGGACCACGUGGACCACCAGGCCCAGACGGAGAAAUUGGAGAAGACGGUCCACCUGGACCAGAAGGUAACCCAGGAGAAGAAGGACCACCACCAAAGCCAGCUCCAAAGGUCAACUGGUGCUUCGACUGCGACGAAGCUGAAAUUGGACCACCAGGCAAAGCUGGACCAAAAGGACCACCUGGACUGGAAGGAGAGAAGGGAGAACCAGGCCGCUUCGCCGAACAAGGUCUGCCCGGAGGAGUGGGACCAUUGGGAGAGCCGGGACCACAAGGACCACCUGGCCCACGCGGACAACGUGGUCGACCAGGCAAACUUAAGCCAGGAGAAGUUGUCACCGGACCACCUGGCCCACCAGGACCAGCUGGACGACAAGGAGUGCGCGGAGAUCGUGGACCAGGCGGAGAAAAGGGACCAUUGGGACCACCUGGCUCCCCAGGAAAGCAAGGCCAAGAAGGUAUGCCUGGCCGUACUGGGCCACCAGGGGAAGGCGGACCAAUCGGAUCGACUGGGCCAAAAGGUGCUUGCGACCACUGUCAACAACCACGACUUGCCCCCGGCUACUUCAUCUAA